AUGGCGCACCGUUUUCCUGCAAGUACGUCACAACCGAAUACAAAUUUCGGUACUCCAAUUUCUAAUAAUUCACAAUUCAACAAUCAACAUUCGAUAUUAUCUUAUCAUCUUAAAGAAACACACGUUUCCAUUAUCGAUCCUAUUUAUGAUAAUAUACCAACAAAUGAACAAAGAAAAGAAAUCAGAUCAGCAUUAAAAACUCCAAUUAUCUGCAAUGACGAUUUCAUUCCUAUCGAUGACUUUUCGAAUGGUUUUACAUAUGAAUCACAUUUAGGUCGAUUUUGUAAGAAUGUUAUUAUUGUAUCAGCAAGACAUCCACAUAGUUUCUUCUUACAAACAAUCGAUGAUCUUACACAAAGUGAUAAUUUUUUUUCAAAAAUGAAUGAAUUUUAUAAUCGUUGUUUUGAUGCUCAACGUCUUGUUAUAUCAAAAGCAGCUUUACGUAUUAAUUUAUGUUGUGUAACACGAGAUGAGACGGAAACUGAUGUUUGGAAUCGUGCACAAUUACUUGAAUAUCAUGUGUCGUAA